ACGUGCAACAUAUGUUGGCGAAAAAUUCCAAAAUGGUUUCUGAUGCUAUUGUCCGAGAAGGUGGACAUUUCUACGUGUGUGGAGACGUACAGAUGGCUUCCGAUGUAUCCAACACGAUUGAAUUAAUACUUAGAGAAGAGGCGCACAUGACAGCAGAAUGUGCGAAAAACUAUGUACUCAAAUUGAGGGACGCCAAUCGAUUCCAUGAAGACAUAUUCGGUGUGACAGUUCAUCGGUCGACACCGACAAGUCACGUGCCAGACAAGUCAGCGAUACAGAGCAAUAGAAACUAUAGCAUACCGGAAGUGGAAGAGGUAAUAUAAAA